AUGGGGGCCCUCAGAACCGUUGGUCUGGUGAUACUGGCGGUCUCGGCGUUCACCUUUAUCGCGCUAUUUGGCAGGCUGCCAGCUUUCCGGAAAACUCCGGUCGCCUGGCUCCAUCGGGCACUGUGGGUGUACUUUCCGAAUGGAAUUGCCAUUGUCGACAAUCGCUUGUUCGGCGGGAGGGUAGUACGGUGCUGGAAUCGAUCUGGCAGCUAUGUACUGAAGGAGAACCACCCGCUUGUCCUGAUCUUCUUUACCUCCUUGCUGGUCAUUGGAGAAGGCAUCUUUGUCCCUGCCGCGUGGCCUCGGCUUUCGAGCAUUCAUCGACUCUGGGUACCCGCAGCUAUCAGCUUGCCAUAUUUCCUGCUUUACAAGUGUGUUGUGACCAAGUCAUUUAUCACAGCAGAGAACCAUGAGGAAGAGAUGAGACGCUAUCCGUACGACCGAGUCCUUUUUCAUCCGGGGCAUAAAUGUAGCACCUGCAAGUUCCUCAAGCCAGCGCGCAGCAAGCAUUGCAGCUUCUGUCAGGCCUGUGUUUCUAGACAUGACCACCACUGUGUAUGGCUGAUGAACUGCGUCGGGGCCAAUAACUGCGUGUACUUCAUCUCGCUCUUGGUCUCUCUUUCUGUCAUGUUGAUUUACGGCUCCUACCUUGGUCAUUCCAUACUCUCUGAGAUGCUGAAGCAAAUGGUUCCGCCGGAGAGACAGGAGGCCAUGAAAGGCUGGACAGCCUGGAUCAACACAUGGGGUAUUGUGAUCGGUGCUGAUCCCAAGAUUGGGGCAGUAUUUUUACUGAUGCUUAUGACUGCCCCGCUAGCAAUAUCUUUCCUGGCGUACCAUACGUAUCUCAUCUGGGCUGGGGUGACAACCAAUGAGAGCGCCAAGUGGUCCGACUGGAAAGAUGAUGUGGAAGACGGCAUCGUAUUCAAGACAAAACGAAGUCUCAUCUUCGACAGCCCCCUUCCUAUGGAUCUACAUGAUCAACUGUGGCCUGUGCAUACUGAUCAAAUCCUUGUCACUGAUGAAGAUCCUCCAACUGAAGGAUGUUUAUUAGCCUCUGACUCUAAUUGCAUUGCUCGUCGUCCGGAAUCAGACGUACCUCCUGACCCUCGAUGGAAGCGACUCCACACUAUGAGAGAUGUCGACAACGUCUACGAUAUGGGCUUUUGGUAUAAUCUUCGGGACGUGAUGGGACUAUCUGUCCGUCGAUCUACAUGA